AUGGUGGGUAAUCCGACAUAUUCCGCAAUUAAGUAUUCAUCACCAACGCAACUGAUUUUGGAUCCGGCGGAACUCACUUUGCACAAGAGAAUUGCACGAGGCGCAUUCGGUUCGGUGUAUCUUGCAACGGACCUCAGUGGUAAAACGUAUGCGAUUAAGAGAACGAGAAAAUUUGGCAUGAAACGGUCUCGAGAAUUGGUUAAUCUGGGGCUUUGUAAGGAUGCCGAAAAUGUCAUGCAGUACAUGGGCACAUUUUACACUAGAAACCGCAGCGGGAUUAUCAUGCAGAACUCGCUUCUAGAACAUAUUCCCUACAGCUUACGCUCAUUCAUACGAGUAUUAAAGCAGAAAGGUGGCUUAGCCCACUGUGGAGUGAGGCGUACGGCAGAGACGCCUUUACAGGGGAAAGAUUGCACACUUCGCCAUCACGAAUCAACCGAUGUUAUGAAUGGAAUGAUAGAAUUGCAUGCCCGAGGACUAGUACACAGAGACCUCAAACCAGACAAUGUGCUUAUUGAUGAUGACCACCUACCUACAAUUGCAAAAAUAUGCGAUCUGGGAUCCGCAAAAAAAAUUAAUCGGCUCUGCUUGACCAACAGGUCAGACAUGGACUUGAAGCAAACACCAUCGACACCAUACGUGUGUUCUAGAUGGUACCGUGCUCCCGAACUUCUUUUUGGAAACACAUUUUACACGGUAUGUCAUGAGAGUGACGCACGACAAGUAAUCACGUUGAUUGAUGUGUUGGGGAGUCCUUCAAAGGCAGAAUUAAAGAGAUUACUCGAUGGUGCUCCUAGCGUUUCCAUACGGAAACAGCUUGGUUUAUUAUUCUUGGUGAAGCACUCAAAAGGAUCCCUUCGAAUGGUCCUCACCGACGUAGCUAAAGGGAACACAAGACUGAUGGCAGUUGCCAGCGUCGCAUACAACCUUCUCCGAUGGUGCCCAGAAGAUAGAAUUUCACUGGAAGACGCACGCAAAAUACUUAAUGCCGGAUGCACACGUGCCGUCUAG